AUGUCUGGCAUGCUACACAAGGUUAAGGAGGCUGUCACUGGCCAUCACGACUCGACCUCCGACACCACCCAUACCAACACCACCAACAACGCCAACUACGCUGAGAACCCUAAAUCCUCCAACCACGGCCCUCACGGCUCGGCAAUUGCGAACAAGCUCGACCCCCGUGUCGACAGCGACCGUGACAACCGCGCUGGUCAUCACACCACCACCACUACCGGCCCUGGUGGCACGACUACCACCCACUCCAGCACCCAUGGUCCUCAGCAAGCUCCCGUUGGCGCCGCUGGCGGCGUAGACGCUCCAUUUGGCACAACUGGACAUGCUGGUUCCCACUCUACCAACGCUGGUCCCCAUAGCUCCAACGUCGCCAACAAGGUCGACCCCCGCGUUGACUCUGACCGAGACAACCGCGCUCGUCACGAAGCUCUGGGCGGUGCUCACGGCCCUCAUUCGUCCAACUUGGCCAACAAGGCUGACCCCCGUGUUGACAGUGACCGAGACAACCGCGCCGCCGGUAUUGGAGCUACUGGCGCCAUUGGUACCCCUGGCGCUUACUCCUCUGGAGCAAGCCACGGCUACGGCACUGGCACUGGCACCGGCGCUGGUGUUGGCACUGGAACCGGCCUUGGCCAUGGCCAUGGCACUACCACCUCGACCGCUGGUCCCCACAGCUCCAACCUCGCCAACAAGGCCGAUCCGCGUGUCGACUCCGACCUGGACAACCGUGCCCGCCACCAGGGUCUCGCCAGCAGCAGCUACAACACCUCUGGCGGUAGCACCACCGCGGGUCCCCACAGCUCCAACAUCGCUAACAAGCUUGACCCUCGCGUUGACUCCGACUUGGAUAACCGCCACAACGUUGGCAAUGUUGGCACCCAGCGCCAUAUCUAA